AUGCGUGAUGAUGCAUGUCUGGGCGGGCUUCGUGCAGCGAUGGUUCAUAUUAUUUUCACCUCUUCCGAGAGCAACAAGGAUGCAGCAGUUCCCAAAGUCAGUGCGCACACCCUGGUGGGCCAAGGAUCGGCUGGGCCACCCGCUGGCUCUCGUCUGAUGCUCAGCCAGGCUAAGAGGCAAGGGGUGACCGCCGGCCUCUUCAUUGGUCUUUGCAGGCUCGUGUCUCGUCAGAGUAUCACCAGGUAUCACAGACCCCUCUCUGCUUCAUUAUUCGUUCCACCAUCAAAGAGCUUUGCCCAUAGGAUCGCCAAUGAUGCCUGA